GGGUUGCCAUGUCCUCCUUCAGGGGAUCUUCCCCACCCAGGGAUCAAACCCACGUCUCCUGCAUCUCAGGCAGAUUCUUUACUGCUGAAACAUCAGGGAAGCCCCUCAAGGAACUGAUUUGGUGCUGAUUAAGGAACCAUCCCAAUUUAAAAAAUAGGAAACCAGUGACUUCUCAAUUAUGCAUUUUGACCCAUUCCAUCAUUGUAUAUUGAGUGAGUAGGUGAAGGAUAAAUAAUUUGACUUUUUAGUUCACUUGUUCUGAUAUAGGUUCACUCAUGUUCCCUGCCCAGCUCUUGUGGCCAUUUGAGUUUUUGACUCUAAGGUAUUAUUUGAUGACAUGAACUGAAUUGGAGUCCUGGAAGUGCAGUGGCUCAGGGUCCAUUCCACUACCCAGGGAUGAUGCCUGUGUUCUGUGGGUGACUUCACAAUGCCCCCGUGGUUCCCAGCUUCCUUCUGUAGUCUGUAUGUAGGUAGCCAUGCUGACUAUCUUGUGGAUGCUUAGCCUUUUCCUCCCUGCUUCGUGUGCCCAGAUAUUAGUCACCUGUGCCUAUAAGAGUCUCUGCCAGCAGGCCCUGCUCUCGGGCAAUGAUGUUGUCCUGCGGUGUGACCAUCUCCAGGCGUACUGGUACUUUUCUUCCUUUCAGGGGGAAGCUCCCUUUUUGGUUUCCUCACUGCCCAACAUAAAGAAACUGCCUGGGGGCAGCCUCCAACUGAACAAACCUCAGCCCUCCCAGACAGGCCUCUAUCGCUGUGAGGACAACAACACAGCCCUUGUGGUAGAAUAUGAGAUAGACUUCCAGGAUGUCACCAUGCUACAUAUUACCCACAAAGGACUAGGCCAAAACCCUCUGCAGAAUCAGAGCCUGAGUCUGGGUAGAGAGGAGAUCAUCUUCACCCACUGGGAGCCCUGGCAGGACUGUAACCGCUGUGGGGUGCCAGGUGAACGCAAACGCCUGGGGUAUUGCUACAUCCAAGAGUCCCUGGAAAACCCAGUGCCCUGCUGGCUCUAUCUGGGAGAUGAGAAGCUGUGGUCCAGCCGCUUGCAGCCUGAGAUGCAGGUGGAAGCCUGCCUUGUACCUUGCAACCAUAGCAAGGAGAUCAUCCAGCCAUUCUUCACCUUUGAUAUUUCCAAGCUGGGCCAGUCAACCAACAACAUGCAGCUCACCUGCCCCUUGGCCUCCAUCUACAGGCCCGUAUUGUGGGAAGCCAACAACCUCUCCUUAACAUGGAAGGACCAGCUCUCCGGCAAGAGCAUCAGCACCAUCAUGGACUCCUCCAAUGGCGGCAGCUGGCUGCAGGUCUUCCAGUCGGCCAUUUACAGGUGCUUCGUGCAGCAAGAGCUCAUGGCUCAAUUCAACUCCAAGGUCAGUGUGGAUCCACUGAAGUUUCUGGUCCCAGAAAAGUCUAAACAACAACUAGAGGCAGAGAAGACCCGGAAAGAAAACGCCAACUCUGUCCUUAAGGGGCUGAACGUGAUGAUGCUUGUGGGCACAGUCUUAAUUGUGCUGGGGUGCCUGUUCAAACAAUUCUGCUUUUCCCAGAGCCGGAAGAGAAACAAGAUGUUUCUGGUGAAAUAAAGUCAGCCCUUUGGGUCCAGGAGACCUGGUCUCCUGUGCUUUCGUUGCCCCAUGAGUCCUGCUGCUCUGGGCUCACCCACACCUCCCUCUGCACGUGUGUGGACCAAAACAGACACGGGGCCGCAGCUAAGGGUGACUGACCUCUCCCUGGUCCAAGUCCUGCUCUGUUGACUCAUUCACAAUCCCCAUGCCACAGGUGAGGAAACUGAGGCUAGACUUCCUCUCUGGUCACCGUGGGGUGGGGGUGGGGGGACACCAGUUCAAACCCAGGUGGCCUGGCUAAAGCCUUGUGCUCCUCAGAGGAAGGAAGGAAGGGCUGGAAUGAGGCCAUGUGGGGAGUGAGUCUCUGGGUGUGGAAACUGUAGCCACCUCAC